AUGAAGUUCUUACUAGAGCCAAUUUCGCUAAAGGUGAAAAUCCUGCGAAGUUUAACUAACCCCAUUUUAUUAUUCCCUACACUAACGAUUCUGUUCCUCAUUUGGUUCAUGAAUGCUGUGAAUUCAUUUGCCGAAACGGUGGCUGAAAAUGGAUAUUCAACGACAAUCACUGUUACAAAGACACUACUCUCAACAGCAACAACAACAGCAACAACAACGUCACUUAUAAAUGCACCAACAUCAACGGCCAUUGAUAAUACUAGCAAUUUGAGUAAUCUCAAGGAAUAUUUAAAUUCUUGCAUCAAUUCAACCUUGGAGCUUAAUUCUCGAUUGGUAAAUGUGGAUAUCACGAAAAGGCUUACACCAUUGGCGAAGUCCAACAUUCAAAAUUGGCAAACUUCAUUCUAUAAUACAAAAGUUUUGCUGAAUAAUACUCGAACACAAUUCUUAAAACUCAAUGAUAGUGUUCUAACAGAUUUAGACGAACAAUCUGAUAGAUUGAAUGCAGCAGUUACCACUCUUACAGAUUUAGGGUUAAUUGUCGCAUCUUCUGCAGACGAAGAUAAUGCACUACAGAAUAUUUACCUUGAUUUCAGUAACGUAACCGAAGAAUUUUCCUGGUUUGAAGGUUUACUGAACUCCUCAUCCGCUGAUACGAUAUCGUUGUCCUCCCCUAAUGUUUCGUUCGAGACUUUUGACUUACAUACCACAGCAUAUUCUGACUCAGUGGCACUAUUGAUUUCAAAUAUAAGCUCAUCACUAGGUCAUGCUACAGCGGCAGAGAAGAAACUUAGUCUGAAAAAGAGACAAGUUUCAGAAGAGUCAUCAAAGUUUGUUAAAUUGACAAUUAUAUUCCUUUGCAUUUAUCCAAUGCAAGUAAUAGGCUGGGUAAUUCUUGAAUGGUUUUCGCACGCCAUAAGGCGAGACAUGAUCCUUGGCACCUUAGAUUGUCAACUUUUAGAAAUGGAGGAUAAAAAAACCACUUUGCAGCGAUAUGAUGAUUGGAAACCUAGGUUAUCGAAACUCUGUGAGUCUGUGCAGAAUCCCUUCACAGUUCAAAGUGCUACGGCAUUGCUUAAAAUUGGAGAUCAUAUGUGGCUGAGAAGAAAACAAAAUAGCGACUAUCCCACAGAUGUCCAAUGUAAUCGGACCACCGCUAAGAAAGUCGGUAAAUUGACCUGGUGGUUUUACAACUCCUGUGCUUAUCAGCUAUAUUUCCUGUUAUUAAUUUUGAUGACAUGGGUUGUAAUAUCUUCCACAAUUCCCGCUUCGUACUCGACAUCACUGUCAAAAAGGGCAGUUGAGCUAAGCUCUUCAGCAACAUAUAUCCCAACCAAUUCAAUUGGUAAAUUGUGCGAAUCUUUUGAUACCGAAAUAAAUACGAACAUUGAAGAAUUGGUAAGAAACUUCUAUAACACGUCAAUUAAUCAAUCAUUGGAGAAAUAUAAUGACAAAAUGACUGCACUUGUAACGAAACUUCCUUCUUCGAUAUCAGAAUAUGUACAAUGGGAUAAUUUCACUGGUACUGAAUUUAACACCAUUGUCCCUUUCAACUCCUCAGCUGUUGUAUCCACUUAUUUAGGUUUAUCGGAUCCUUAUGAUGCGUCCUCGACAGACGCUGAUGCAUCUCUCUUUAAAAGAGAGCAAACAGCGGAGUUUGAUUUGAAAUUCGCCUUGAAUAAGCUAUUUCGGAAUAGCAUUAUCAUAUGGGCCUGCAUCCACUUAUUUCAAUUAGUCAUUUGUAUCAUUUUCUAA